AUGGCUGAUAGAGGCGGAUUCGAUCGCGGCUUCGGCCGCGGGGACCGCGGAGGGCGCGGGGACAGGGGCCGCGGAGACAGGGGGCGCGGGCGCGGGCGCAGACGCUCGGACGAUAAGGAGGAGGCGUGGGUGCCGGUGACUAAGCUCGGGCGGCUCGUGAAGGAGGGGAAGAUCAAGUCGAUCGAGCACAUUUACCUCUUUUCGCUGCCGAUUAAGGAGCAUCAGAUUGUCGAGGCGUUCCUGCCGACUCUUAAGGACGAGGUGAUGAAGAUCAUGCCCGUGCAGAAGCAGACGCGCGCCGGGCAGCGUACGCGUUUUAAGGCGUUCGUCGUCGUGGGUGACUGCAACGGUCACAUCGGCCUCGGCGUGAAGUGCGCUAAGGAGGUGGCCACCGCCAUCCGCGGCGCGCUGAUCCUCGCGAAGCUGUCCGUGAUUCCCGUGCGACGCGGGUACUGGGGUAACAAGAUCGGCAAGCCGCACACCGUGCCGACUAAGGUUACCGGGAAGUGCGGCUCGGUCACCGUGCGACUCGUGCCCGCGCCGCGUGGUUCCGGGAUUGUGGCGGCGCGCGUGCCGAAGAAGGUUCUGCAGUUCGCGGGGAUCGAGGACGUGUUCACGUCGUCGCGCGGCUCCACGAAAACGCUCGGCAAUUUCGUGAAGGCCACGUUCGCCUGUCUGCUCAACACGUACGCCUUCCUGACGCCCGACCUCUGGCACGCCACCAAGUUCACCAAGACGCCCUUCCAGGAGUUCACCGACUUCCUUGCCAAGCCCCACAAGCUCGCCCUCCCUGCCGUCGUGCCCGAUGCCUUUGCUGCCCCCCCUCCUGCCGCCGCUGCCCCUGUUCCUGCGUUCUAG